ACACCGGAGGUGACGUAGACCACCAAGAUGGCGGCGCUGGGCAUUGACGUGGAGGACGAGAGUAUCCUAGCGUCGAUUUUCAGGGAUUCUUUCCCCGAAAACUGGAGGGAGAAUCCCGAUUUCACGCUGUACCUCUCCGAGCUGAGCUCGUACGGCGUGGACAAGCUGAACCGGGAGCCUGAGAGGCUUGCGGAGGAGCGGGCCCAGAUCCUGCAGCAGACCCAGGAACUGGCCUUCUCCAACUACAAAACCUUCAUCAAAACGGCGGAAUGCACCAAGGAAAUCUACCGCGACUUCGGCCUGGUGGAGAAACACGUCUCCAGCCUUCUGGGCAAGCUGCCCGGCCUGAGCGAGAAAUGUAGGCAAUUUAUCAAGGAGACGGAAGCGACUGGGGCCAGCAGGAGGAUGAACAGCCUGACCCUCAACCGGCACACCGAGAUCCUGGAAAUCCUGGAGAUCCCGCAGCUCAUGGAUACCUGCGUCAGGAACGGUUACUACGAGGAGGCUCUUGAGUUGACCUCUUAUGUGAAGAGGUUGGAGAAGAAAUACUCUUCCAUACCCGUGAUACAGGGAAUAGUGAAUGAAGUGCGUUCAUCUGCUCAGUUGAUGUUAAACCAGCUUAUCCAACAGCUACGUACCAAUGUCCAACUUCCAGCUUGUCUUCGGGUCAUAGGCUAUUUGAGAAGGAUGGAUGUUUUCACUGAAGCAGAACUAAGAAUAAAGUUUCUUCAGGCUCGAGAUGCCUGGUUGAAAUCUAUGCUUGGCUCCAUAAUGGACAAUGAUCCUUAUUUUCACAUAACUAAAACAAUUGAGGCUUGCCGAGUCCACCUGUUUGACAUCAUCACUCAGUACCGUGCUAUUUUCUCAGAUGAAGAUCCAUUAUUACUUUCCAGUGAUCACACUGUGAACGAAGGUGCUAUUUUCCAUGGCUGGGUCGUGCAAAAGGUUUCUGAGUUUCUGCAGACCUUGGAAUCAGAUCUUCAGAAGGGAGUGGGCGGCCGCUUGGAUUCAUUGCUGGGCCAGUGUAUGUAUUUUGGGCUUUCUUUUAGCCGUGUAGGAGCAGAUUUUCGUGGACAGCUUGCUCCGAUGUUUCAAAAGGUUGCUAUGAAUGCUUUUGUGAAAGCUGUUCAGGAUGCUGUGGAGAAGUUUCAGGAAGACAUGAAUCUGUACACAUUAACAUCUGCCCCAGUGAUGUUAGGCAGCACAAUCCCUGUGACUCUACCAACUAGUCAGCCGGGAACCCUGCAGCCUCCGAUGGUGCUUCUGGACUUCCCUCCACUGGCGUAUUUUCUAAAUAACAUUUUGGCAGCCUUUAAUGAUCUUCGUCUCUGUUGUCCCAUAGCACUUGCACAGGAAGUAACCAUGUGCUUGGAAGAUGCACUUGUGAAGGUUACAAAGCUAAUUCUCACUUUUCAUCGAGCAGAGGAAACUGCCUUCAGUGUGAAAGAACGAGAGCUGUUUGUCCAGUUCUGCAUUACAUUUACUGAAGACCUAGUGCCUUACCUGAACCGAUGCUUACAGGUCCUUUUUCCACCUGCACAAGUAGCACAGAUUCUUGGUAUUCCUCCCACUCAGCUUCACAAAUAUGGUUCAAUUGGAUGCAUUAAUAUAAGGGCUAUUCUAGAACUGCUUGAUUUUCUCCUACCAAAAAAGGAAAUCAUAAUUCCACCCAAGAAUUCCAACCAGACCCUGAUAACAGAAACCACCUUACAUAGCCCUUUAUCAGAGAUAAAAACUGAGAAGCUAAGUGAACAAUAUACACCAGCAUUGCCUUCAUCUGUGCCAAGUUUUACAACGGAGGAACUGAAACCAGGCCCACUAAAUGUGAAUAGCCAGACAUCAGAAAAUGCUUCAUUGCAAUCUGGAUUGUAGCAUGUUUUUAAGUUAAAAUUGUCUGUACUUGGGAUUCCUAUCAUUUAUUCCAAACCGUGGACUGAAUUGCAUAAAUGUUUUAUUUUUCCCCCUAGUUCAUUAACAUUGAGAAAUGAUAUUAUCCUGGGUUUAGUUGGUCCUAAAAUGGAUAACAUAUUUCAACAAAAACUGUAUCUUGAUAUGGUCAACCAAGGUGAGAUUCAUGCUACUUUUUGUCCCAACAUGUAUUUAUGUAGACUCUUGCAUAAUAUUAACAGUUGAUAAAACAGGAAAUAUAGUUUUUCCAAAUGUCUGAUGUUUUAAUAACUUUAUUUCAAAACAUCUACAAGAAUUCUAAGCUAAUGUGUAUAUAUAAUUGAGAAAACAAAUGAUUCAUUCUGUUAAGAGACGUUUUUCUGUAUUGACAUUUUUUUGCCAUGUUUCAUUAGUUUGACAGCUUUCUUAAAUUGUUAGCGAACUGCUGCUAAUGAUAUAACUACUUAAUGCUAAGGCAACCACUUAACCACUGAAUUCGUUAUUAACAAUAUUUGUGUGACAGCACACAAUAUUCCAAGUUUACUCUAGAAAUUAGAAGUCACUUGGAGAGAAACGGGCCUGACAAAAAGCAAAUUGGAUUUUAUUUAAAAGCAAACUCUAUUUUAUUUAAUGUCUGCUAUAAAUGGGAAACUAGGUUGGUAUUGAAUCUCAAUUUCAAUUUUUGAAUGAUGUGUUUACAGAAUUUAAUUGUACAAUACAAUCACACUAUAUAUGUGGCAAGCUGUUAUGAAAUAAUUUUAUAAAUUUAAAAGGGUUGUGGAGUUUGUGAAAUGAAAUUGUGCUUGUUAUGUAAAUAAUAAACAUUUAUUGUAAGCAAAUGUGAUGUGACUUGCAAAAAUAUUGUUGGGAUAUGGGAAACUUGUUAAAUUGUUAAUCAAUGAAAACAUCCUUAGUUUUGUGAAUUGUAAAUAACAAAUUCAAGGUGAAAAGUGCACUAAAAAUUAUCACUGGGGUCUUCCAACAAUUCUGUCAUAAGAUGCUAAGCAGGUAAGGCAAUGAGUUAUUAAUCCCUUGGGAAGAAUAGGCAAUGGUUUAAGUCCCAUCCUUAUCAAUAGAGAAGUUUUGUUUAAUUGUGAUUUAUCCUUGUACAAAACUUGUAUAAAAAUGGGUAAUUUGUUUCAUAUUGUACCAAUUAAAGAUUAGUAAACUUCCAAGCAGUAUACAAAGAUAUGCUUUUUAAUGGGUAAAUUGGAGAUGAAUUUACAAAUGGCUAAUGUUGAAAUCUACUACUUGUUAGCGCUGUAAUCCAUUACUUGUUAAUUCUUGUACCUUGUCAAAAAUCAUUUAUAUCAUGAAUGAUAAAUACUUUUUUGUACCAUU